AUGUCCGCUCAUACGGAGAACCUGCAAUUCAGCAGGGAGGAUAUCGAUUUCGGUAGGUCGGUCUGUUUGCUGCUUGAACCGCAGCUUUUAACGUCGAUGGUAGAAUUCCCAGAUGAUCUUCCCGAGAAGCUGGGGGAGGAACUCCGUCGACUCGAGCAGUUGUUCACAGUCGAUACUGCAUUGCUGAAGACGAUUACCGACCGAUUCGGCGAAGAACUUCAGGCAGGUCUGGAGCGCAAAGGUGAUAUUCCUAUGAACAUCACCUGGGUGACUUCCUCUCCGACGGGGCGUGAGACAGGCACGUACCUUACCAUCGACCUAGGCGGGACGAAUCUGCGAGUCUGCCUGAUUACUCUUACCGAUGAGAUGGGCGGACACCACACGAAACAGGAGAAGUAUACGCUACCCAAGGACAUCAAGACCGGCACGGCGGAUCAGCUGUUUGAACAUAUUGCCGACCACCUCAGCGAGUUCCUGACAGAGCACGUCAAGGAUGACGAGGCCGCAUGCGCCGAGGGAAAGAUCCCUCUAGGUUUCACAUUCAGCUAUCCCGCCACGCAGGACAGGAUCGACCACGGAAUCCUCCAGACGUGGACGAAAGGCUGGGACGUGAAGGACGUCGAGGGACACGACGUGGCGGAGAUGCUGAGAAAGGCCAUGGAGAAAAGAAACCUCCCGGUCAAGCUGAUCGCCCUGGUCAACGACACGACAGGCGCGCUCAUCGCCUCAGCAUACAACGACCCCGACACGAUCAUCGGCGCCAUCUUCGGCACGGGCUGCAACGCCGCAUACAUGGACCGUGUGUCGCAAAUCCCCAAAAUGCCGUCCCAAACAACAGACCCCGAUAGUUCCCUAAAAGAAGACUCCCCAAUGGCCAUCAACUGCGAAUACGGCGCCUUUGACAACUCGCACACCGUCCUCCCGAGAACGCGCUACGACGAACUCAUCGACGAGCAGAGCCCCCGCCCAGGCGAGCAGACGUUCGAAAAAAUGUCGGCAGGACUCUACUUGGGAGAGAUCUUCCGACAGAUCCUCCUCGAACUGUUCACCAAGGGGGUCAUCUUCCAGGGUUGGUCCUCGGGCUCAGACUCGGACGCAAACAUGCAGACCCAGGCGCAAAAGGACGCCCUCUCGAACCCGUACGCCAUCGACACGGAAUUCCUCUCGACGGUCGAAAACGACGCGACGCCAUCUCUCGCCGAGGCGAAAUCUGCCUUCCAGCGCGUUCUGGCCGGCCUUACGCCCUCGGACGCAGAGCUGCGGUUUUGCCAGGCCGUCGCGAAACUCAUCGCCAUUCGGGGCGCGAGGCUCUGCGCGUGCGGCGCGUCGGCGAUCUGUCGUCGCAUUGGCAGGCGGAAGGGCCACGUCGCCGCGGAUGGGAGCGUGGCUGUCAAGCAUCCCCGGUUCAAGGAGCGGUGGGAGUGCGCGGUGCGCGAGAUCCUAGAUAUGAAGUUGGGAGGGUUUGGCAGGGAGGGCGAGGGGAUCGAGUUGACGAGUGCCGAGGAUGGGAGCGGUGUUGGCGCGGCUGUCAUCUGUGCUUUGGCCAUGGGGAGGACGGGGACGAGCGCGAAGUGA